CACAUCGUCCGCACCGCACUCAAUCGCAGCACACCAUAGGCCACUAUGACCCGUACUGAGCGUUCGACCUCGCUUCGUGCGAUCAUGAAGGACCGCUCCCAACCCCGCAAUGCCAUGGGCCAAGAGCUCAAGAAGGAUGGCGCGGGGCCGCAUAAUUGGGGCGCGCUUCGGUACGAGCAGGAGCUCGAGGAGGACGCUCAAUUCGACGGGGAGCGUGAAUAUGACGGGGAGGAGGCUCCAGUCCCUCGCGAGGAAGGCACGACCUCUGCCCGCAGGCCGUCGGUCACGCUGACCGAAGAGGAGAAAAGGCGUGCGGCCGAGAUCCGCAAGAAUGCCCUUAGGUCUCCAGAUGUGGACCUUGCCGCCAUCGCGCGCUCUUCUCACGCCGUAUCUCACUCCCAGGACGAGCAGCCCACUCCCGUCACCGGUGUCUCGACCGGUACCAAGAACUCCCCUUAAGUUAUUGGGACCAAAGAUAGAGCCAGUAAUUGUAUAAUAGGAACUUGCGCUAGUCACGAAUGACGCUAUGUAACACCCCAUGUACUUGUACACUACAAACUUAACAACGCGUUUGAAGG